AUGUCACGAGGUGACGAUGAUACAUUUCAAGAAUUCCCUUACGACCUCAAACAACAAGUAGCCAAGCAGGUCCCCGACCACAAAGUCGAGUCAGUCGUCUACCCCAAGUAUGAGACGAAAGGCGAGCUUGAGCAAGCCACCGAAUUCUUUCUGGAAUGGCUUAAGGAGAGAGUGAUCGAUGUUCGUAAAGAGCACCUCGAUGAACCAUGGCCGCCCAACGACAGGAAGGUCGGAGUCGUUCUAGUAGCACACUCCAUGGGUGGCUUCGUUGCUGCCGACACGCUUUUCCGCGCCGUCAGCGAACGUGCUGACAAGAACCCCGACGACAAAACACCAAUCUUUCCUCUCAUCCAGGGCAUUCUCACCUUUGACACGGCAUACAAUGGCCUCGCGCGGUCCAUGUUCGUCUACGGCGCCUUCUCCAACUACCAAAAGGUCAGCAGCGUCUUCAACGUCAUGACCGCCCUCGGGGCCGCCGCGCCGGCGAGCCUCAGCCGCCUCGGCAUGCAAAGAGCCGCAGGGCGCGCUGCUGUUGCUUCGAACCCUUCGUCGAGCCCCGCCUGGAAGACGUGGCAGCUGGUGGCUGUGCGCACGGGCACCGUGGGCGCCAUCGCCGCCGGCGGCGUGACGGCGUACAUCCACCGCGAGGCCAUCAUUAGCGGCAUGAAGAGCAUGAAGAACAUCAACAAGGACACGGUCGUCGAGGGCUACCGAUCGAGCAUGGAGUCGGUGGGGCAAGGCCUCGCGUACAUCAACCGCGGCAACGUCGGCCACUCGUUCGCCUGGCUGUCUGACCACUUCACCUUUGUCGGCACGCUGCUGAAGCAGAAGGAACUCAGUCGUCGGCUUGACCGUAUGGCCGCCCUCAAGGGCGUCGGCAUCAAGGACUUUUACACGUCGCUUGGCGAGAACGGCACGUGGAGCGGAGGCUACUUUGUGCCCGAGCGUACCUUCUGCGCCAUUCCCGAAGGCGAUCACCCCGCCAGCGACAUGUUCACGCGGUGCAUCAUGCGCACCUCGGAAGACGAGGUGCAGGCGCACAUGUCCAUGUUCCGACCGGAGAAGAAUAAGGGCUACGAGCGCAUGACCGACGAGGCAGCGCAACUCGUCAAGAAGUGGUUCCUCAGCGAAGAGGACGUCUAUGACGACCCCAAGUUCCGCGAGCCCGCCCCCGAGGAGGCUGCCGAGGACAACACCGUCAAGGAGACGCUCGAGGCUGGUGAGAAGGGUGCCGAGGAGGCCCAAAAGAAGGGCGGUCCCGACGCACCCAUUGACGGUGACGUGCCUGACGAGUCGCCCCUGGACAUUGCGGCUGCUUCGUCGCUCGUGCCGCUGUCCAGCGACGCCGAGGCCGGCGGCGACGAUGCCGAGAAACAAAAGCAGACGUAUAUGCAGUACCUCUUCGCCAUCGCUCAGCAGACGGGGACCGACUCGAAGAGCUGGUGGUCCAGCAAACUGCCGAACAUGCCAAACCUGCCGGCCGUGCAGAUUCCAUCCAUGCCUUCUGUGCCGUCUGCCGUGUCAUCGCUUGGGCAGGUAUCGAUGCCCAGCUACAACAUCUUUUCGAAGAAGCAGCCUGCCUCUGACAAGGACGGAGCUGAGACACAGGAGGAAAAGAAGGCUGAGACGACGGACAAUGCCGCGAAGCAAUCUGCAGAGGAGCCUGCCGAGAAGUCCUCGGAGACGACUGUGGAGAAGCCUGCAGAGAAGCCUACAGAGAAGAACGCGGAAGAGCCCGUGAAGGAGAUCAACGAGAAGGAGUCUCUACCCGCCGAGCAGGCUCAAGAUGUUCGGGUCGAGGAGGAUUCUGCACCAGCUAAAACGCAGGAUGAAACUGUCGAGAAAAAAGAGCCCGAUGUGCCAGCCACCAAGCCAGUCAUUACGGACAACGAUUCUGGCAAGGACGUUUCGAUCGAAGCGGCGCCUUCUGAUGCCAAGUCGACUGAAGAGACCAAGGUAGACCAGCCUGAGCCGACGAAAGUUGAGACCUCCCGAGAGAAUGUCGAGAAUGCGCAGCCAGCCGAGGACGCUACGCAAAAGGGAGAGCCUACGGAGGCGGUCCCCGAAGCUCAGAAGGUAUAG